AUGGAGCCGACGGUCAUCUUGAGGGCGCAGCCCAAAAGCCGGCACUCGUUGAAGCAGACGUUCCAGGCCGCCGAGACUCAGUUGGAUGCCUCAGAUAUGACAAGUUCAAACACGGUUUCUAGCAAGACUAGCACUCACAAGGGAAGUUCUGGUAGGGAAAUCAAAGACUCCACGGGCAAGAUCACGCAAAACUCUGUGCUCGAGGGUAAAGACCGCGCUACGUGCCCUCGGGAACCAGGCUGCCGCAUACGCGGCGGUCAGCAGGACUCCAUGACAAGCAAGCGUCGCGGUCAGAAAGCCAAUAGUCGAAAUAUCUCUCAUGGUUCUCCAGGGGGUACUCUCGCAACGAUCGAGGAAGCGGCCUUUGCCCAGCCCUGUCCCAGCAUCGCCACUGUCGAGCGGGUCGCAGCAACCAAAAUCUACCUCGAGACUCAUUUUGAGCAACUGCUUGCCGCCGGGCCGUCUCCACGUCAAAUCCGACAGCAACUAUUUGAGAUCCAGCUGUUCAACCGCAGCCGAGCCGGAGGCGUGACCUUAAGCACCGCCGAGAUUCAAGCAGAGCGUUCCUUGCUGCAUCGGCUUGAGAGCGAGCAUCUGCGAGAACUGCGGGUCAUUAAGACGAAGAGCUGGAGGGCUCUCCGCGCAACUCAUAGCGCAGACAAACCGUGUUUGGCGGACGAGUAUGAGACAAUAAAGAUACUCGGAAAGGGGAGUUUUGGGGUAGUAAAACUGGUAAGGGACAGGGCGAGGCGACAGGUCUAUGCCAUGAAGGUGAUCAAGAAAAGCAACACGUUGAGGACGAGUCAGGAGGGCCACUUGCGGGCCGAGAGAGACUUUCUGGUGGCUAGCGAGGGGUCGAAGUGGAUCGUGCCACUCGUCGCCAGCUUUCAGGACCUUUCCAAUCUAUACCUGGUCAUGGAAUAUAUGCCCGGAGGGGACUUCCUGGCGCUGUUGGUUCGCGAGAACACCUUACAUGAGACGAUUGCGCGCUUCUACAUCGCCGAGAUUAUCAUGUGUGUUGAAGCUAUACACUCACUCAAAUGGAUUCACCGGGACAUCAAGCCAGACAAUUUUCUCAUUUCAGCGUCUGGUCACCUCAAGAUCAGCGACUUCGGUCUGGCAUUUGAUGGGCAUUGGUCACACGACAUGGCCUACUACAACAGCCAUCGAUACAGCCUACUGUAUAAGUUGGGCAUCAACAUCGAAGGUGAUGAACGGGACCAGGCCGAGCGGCUGGACACGCUGGCAGCCACGCAACUGCCAAGCGGCAUCAUGACUGGCAUCGAGAAGCACGGCUAG